UUCUCUUUUUGUCAAUACUAAUUUCAAAUCAUUUUAUUUUUUAUUUUUCAUUUUCCCAAAAAUAAUUACCGUUAUUUUCUCUCUAAAAUCUCCAUGUUGCUUUACUUCUAAGCUUUGGAAGAGAUCCAUUUCUCUCUCCCACAUCUCUCUCUCUCUCUAACCAUUUUUUGCAUUUUCAAUUUUCACACAGAUAAAAAAAACACCAUUUUCGUGACGCAACAGAUUCAUUAUUUUAUUUCAACCAAAAAAAAAAAGUUGAAGGUUCAUGGCUGCUCCACCGGCUAGGGCUCGUGCCGAUUACGAUUAUCUCAUUAAGCUUCUCUUGAUCGGCGAUAGCGGUGUUGGAAAAAGUUGCCUUCUUUUGCGUUUUUCUGAUGGUUCCUUCACCACCAGUUUCAUCACAACUAUAGGCAUUGAUUUUAAGAUAAGAACUAUUGAGCUUGAUGGCAAACGGAUCAAGCUCCAAAUUUGGGAUACUGCAGGGCAGGAGCGGUUUCGAACAAUUACAACAGCUUACUACCGUGGUGCUAUGGGCAUAUUGCUAGUCUAUGAUGUUACAGAUGAAGCAUCAUUUAACAAUAUCAGGAAUUGGAUUCGCAACAUUGAGCAACAUGCUUCGGACAAUGUUAACAAAAUACUGGUGGGAAACAAAGCAGACAUGGAUGAAAGCAAAAGGGCUGUGCCAACAUCCAAAGGCCAAGCACUGGCUGAUGAGUAUGGAAUCAAAUUCUUUGAAACUAGUGCAAAAACAAAUCUAAAUGUGGAGGAAGUUUUCUUCUCCAUAGCAAGAGACAUAAAACAAAGGCUUGCCGACACUGAUAACAAGGCAGAGCCAACAACCAUCAAAAUCAACCAAGACUCUGCAGUGGGGGCUGGACAAGCUGCGCAAAAAUCUGCUUGCUGUGGUUGACACAUUUUACAUGUUGGUGGCCACAUUAUCGGAGGAAACAAGAAAUUACUUGUAUGAUGAAUGAUGAUCAUGAUGCUGACUUGUGCUUAAUGUUUUCAAUGUGUCUAUUAAUUUUAUGUGUGAUAAGUAGUUUCUGACUAAUAUUGAAUCAAGAAUUGAAUGUGAUUGUGAUGAAUGCAUGUCUAACUACUUCUAAUUUGAUUGGGAUUGGAAAGUACCUAUUUUUUCACUGUAUAAACGUGCUGAUCAAUGGUGAGUAGUGAGUUGUUAAUUCACAUUUCAAAA